GCUCAAUGUGCACAGAAUACCGAGCAGCGACCUGUGCGUAACGCAGCCUAGAGAGAACCCACCUUGUUGACAGCUGGACGGAGACUUGUGGCAGAAUGCGGCUGUGACCAUCACCUCCUCCUCCUCCUCCUCCUCCUCUUCCUCAGCAGCUGUCUCUCUAUAUAUCUGUGUGUGUGUGUCUGUGGACUUUGAUUGAGGACGGAGCACAAGGACACAACGCCACUAAGGGGACCAGUCCCUCAGCGAUGUUUGGCACCGGUUGGCUUUUAAACACUUUGGAUCUUGCUGCACAUCUGGAUUCCCACUCUUCUUCUUCUUCUUCUCCAUCAUCUUCUUCUCAUUCAGUAUUUCUCCGGACACUUUUCCUUCCUGGAGAGCGGUGAGUCACUGCAGGCGCUAGGGCGAUCCGCUGCAUCCUAAUCACCCAGCGGAGAGGACUUCAGCUCAUUGACAUUACAGUCAUACUUUUUCUGGAGCACUUUUUCUUUUCCCCCCCCCCCUUCUUCUCAUUUGCUCUCUGCGCCGCCUGCACUGUAGCCUGCGUGUGGAUUUUCCUCUCCUCUCUCUCCCUCUCUCCUCUGCACAGAGGAGGUGGGAACCUACAUCGAAGUGUUCAGGGGAUGAAACUCUCCCUGAACCCUCGCUGGAACUGACUGUUUUUAAUUCCAAUUUUUUGUCUGAAUCUGCUCUAUUUUCUGGGACUAUCGCAUCAGUUUUCUUUUUUUUUAGGGUGCUAUGAGCGAUCACUGACAAUGACUAUUCUGUUCGGAGACUGGAUCGCGAUUACUGCUCAGAUGAGUCUGGACGCUCAGCUGAAUAUAAAUUAGGUGUUCAGCACCACAGAUUGCUGGAGGAGGCAGAGGAAGAGAGAGACAGAGCAAAGACAAUCCACAAAGACAAAUGCCAAGGUCUCGCACGAUGAACAGAACUCUUUUCUUCAUCCUGGAUAACAGAAAUACCAAAUUUGAACAAAAUAUCAACAGGUCAAAGGAAGCUUAAACACAGCACAUCUUAGCGUAUCGCAGCUUUUAGGGAUGUAUCUUUCUAUUUUCUUUUUCCUCCUGUUAUGGGCUCAAGCCCUGACAUUGAAAAACUUGAAUUACUCUGUCCCAGAGGAACAGGGUCCAGGGACAGUGAUUGGGAACAUUGCCAAAGAUGCCAGACUCGGACUCGAUCAGACUGGACCGGGUAAAAAAGCCAACUUUCGGGUGCUGGAGAAUUCAGCCCCCCAUCUCAUUGACGUGGACCCCCAAAGUGGACUGCUGUACACAAAGCAGCGCAUUGACAGGGAAACAUUGUGCAAAAGGAACCCCAAGUGCCAGCUAUCCAUGGAGGUUUUUGCCAAUGACAAAGAGAUCUGCAUGAUCAAAAUAGAUAUUCAGGACAUUAAUGACAACUCACCCAAUUUCCCCUCCGCUCAGAUUGAUAUUGACAUUUCAGAAAACGCUGUGCCAGGGACACGCUUUCCUCUGACCAGCGCGCAUGAUCCAGAUGCAGGAGAAAAUGGGCUGAAAACCUAUCAAAUAACCCGUGAUGACUACAAUCUGUUUUCCUUGGAGGUAAAAGCCCGCGGAGAUGGGACAAAAUUCCCAGAAUUAGUUAUUCAACGACCGUUGGACAGAGAAGAACGAAGCCAUCACACCCUAAUCUUGUCAGCCACCGAUGGGGGGGAAUAUCCCAGAUCAGGUACCAUGCAGAUUAAUGUCAAAGUAAUUGAUUCAAAUGAUAACAGCCCCGUGUUUGAUCAGCCCUCAUAUGUCGUGGAAAUUCCUGAAAAUUCCCCUCCUGGUAAAGUCCUAAUCGAUUUAAAUGCCACGGAUCCUGAUGAGGGCAACAACGGACAAGUGGUCUAUUCUUUCAGUGGCUAUGCCCCAGAGAGAAUCCGGGAGCUCUUCUCCAUAGAUUCCAGAACAGGGGUCAUAAAGAUUCAGGGUGAAAUUGACUACGAAGAGAGCCCUGUUAUCGAGAUUGACAUUCAGGCAAAGGAUCUCGGUCCCAAUCCAAUCCCGGGCCAUUGUAAAGUCACUGUUAAAGUGCUGGACAGGAAUGAUAACUGGCCAUCUAUAGGCUUUGUGUCUGUGAGACAGGGAGCCAUCAGCGAGGCAGCACCUCCAGCCACUGUCAUCGCUCUGGUGCGUGUCACAGACAAGGACUCUGGCAGGAACGGGCAGCUUCAAUGCAGAGUGCUGGGUAACGUCCCUUUUAAACUUGAGGAGAACUAUGAUAACUUCUAUACAGUGGUGACAGACCGGCCCUUGGACAGAGAGGUGCAGGAUGAGUACAAUGUCACCAUUGUUGCCAAAGACAACGGCCUCCCUCCUUUAAACUCUACAAAAUCCUUCACUGUGAAGAUUCUGGAUGAGAACGACAAUGUCCCUCGCUUCACCAAGUCAGUGUACCUUCUUCAGAUUCCUGAGAACAACAUCCCUGGGGAGUACCUGGGCUCAGUUCUGGCACACGACCCGGACCUUGGCCAGAAUGGCACCGUGUACUACAGCAUACUCAACUCCAACGUGAGUGGGGGUGAUGUCAACACGUAUGUUAAUGUGAACGCUGCAAAUGGAGCCAUCUACGCUGUGAGAUCUUUCAACUACGAGCAGAUCAAGUAUUUUGACUUCAAGGUUCUGGCUAGAGAUGCAGGAUCUCCGCAUCUGGAGAGUAAUGCAACAGUGCGCAUAAGCAUCCUGGAUGUCAAUGACAACAUCCCUGUCAUAGUGCUGCCGUUACUCCUGAACGACACCGCUGAGAUCCACGUGCCACGUAAUGUUGGUGUUGGCUACAUAGUCACCACAGUGAGGGCCGUGGAUAACGACUACGGCGAGAGCGGCAGGCUCACCUAUGAGAUCUCGGAUGGCAACGAGGAGCACCUCUUUGAGAUCGAUCCCGUGAGUGGGGACGUGCGAACAUCCCACCCAUUUUGGGAUGAUGUCAGCCCCAUUGUGGAGCUGAUCAUCCGAGUGUCAGACCACGGCAAGCCGACUCUCACUGCUGCCGCCAGACUCAUCGUCAAGGCUUCCAACGGACGUCCUCCUGAUGGACUGCCUCGCACAAAGGACAAUCAGAACUGGGACAUGUCCCUGCCUCUUAUAGUAACUCUAAGUAUCGUAUCCAUCAUGCUUCUGGCUGCCAUGGUGACCAUAGCCAUCAAGUGCAAGCGGGAAAACAAGGAGAUCCGCACCUACAAUUGUCGCAUUGCAGAAUACUCGCACCCUCAACUCGGAAAAGGCAAGAAGAAGAAGAUUAACAAGAACGACAUCAUGCUGGUGCAGAGCGAGGUGGAAGAGCGGGAUGCCAUGAAUGUGAUGAAUGUGGUAAGCAGCCCUUCCUUGGCCACCUCACCCAUGUACUUUGACUACCAGACACGCCUGCCACUCAGCUCACCACGGUCAGAGGUCAUGUACCUCAAGCCCACUGCCAAUAACCUCAGCGUGCCCCAAGGCCACGUGGGAUGCCACACCAGCUUCACAGGCCCAGUCACCAGCACUACAGACACACCUACUAACCGCAUGUCCAUCAUACAGACGGACAAUUUCCCCACUGAGCCUAAUUAUAUGGGCAGCAGACAACAGUUUGUUCAAAGUAGUUCAACAUUCAAAGACCCAGAGCGAGCGAGCCUCAGAGACAGCGGCCACGGCGACAGCGACCAGGCCGACAGCGACCAGGACACCAAUAAGGGCUCCUGCUGUGACAUGUCUGCAAAAGAAGCCCUCAAGUUGAAGGCUACUGGCGUGAAGCCGCCGCCUUUGGAGCAAGAUGAGGAUUGUGUGAAUUGUACAGAGGAGUGCCGGGUACUGGGUCACUCUGACCGCUGCUGGAUGCCCCAGUUCCCCACAGGAGGAAACCAGGCCGAGGGCAUUGACUACCGCAACAAUAUGUUUGUGCCAGCGGGGAUGGAGACUGUUCCCGAGACAGAAACCUAUGAGACUGUCAACCCCAAUGGCAAGAAGACAUUCUGUACAUUUGGAAAAGAGAGACGUGACCACACUAUUCUGGUCGCCAAUGUCAAGCCCUACUUGAAGGCGAAGCGAGCCCUCAGCCCACUGCUCCAAGAGGUACCCUCAGCCUCCAACAGUCCUACAAAGGGCUGCUCCACCAAUUCUCCUUGUUCCUCAAUCAAAAGCCCAGCUGACGGAGCUGAAGGUAUACCUCCUCCUGCCUCGUGCUCCGGCCACUACGGGCCUCCUGAUGGUCAGUACCUGUCCCCAACCAAACAAACCAGAGACCAGGGGGUCUACCCACCCCUGCCGCCCUCAGACCCAGUGGCCAAGGUGCUCGCCGAGGCACGCUCCAGGAUCAGCCAAGAGGCUGCAGGGGAAAUGGAGUGUCCCAUGGAGCAGAUGGAGCCCGACGCAAAUCGUGACGGAAUGGAUGCUGACCAGGUGGUGAGAGACAUCGACAAGCUAUUGCAGGACUGCAGAGGAAGUGAGGCCACUGGCACGCUCAGGAAGUGACACAGAGGACUGCAGAAAAACAAAAAUGGGAGGUCGACAGGAAUAGGAUGCUAUUCCAAAAACUCUCAUACAAAACUGUCACCAAAACAAAUCAAAAGGUUGAAUGGCUCUUCUGAAAGGAGCUCUUUUCACACUAUUUGUUGUUGAAAAUUACCAACACCGGACAGAGGAUUGGAACAUUUAUUAUGUCAGUCAUUUUGCACCAGUUUUGGUGCUAAGAUCCGAACCAACAAAAAAGAACUGGGUUACAAACAUCUGAAUUCUGCUGAAUUUAUAAACUCUUUUUUUGUUUUGGAUUCUUAAGCAAACUGCAGAGGCUUAUGCCUCUGGCACCUCGCAAGCUAUUAUCUAAGUGCCCACCAGCUCAUCAGUGUGUUGUUCAUGGUCUCUCGUGAAAUCCUACAUAUCUGAGUGUGUACAGACGGAUUUCUGUUUUGUGUGAUGGCCAUAGAAACUGACUGAAAAAGAACUAUGGUCAGACAUGACAAUCGACACGGAAACAGUGAAACAAAUUCUAAUCUACUUGGGACAUUGAAAGACCAAAAUACACAAGCAACCUUAUCUUUUCUGACUUUAAUAUAGGUGUUAAAUGUGUGAUGGAUCCUGUAUCUUAACAUGAAGAGAUUGGUUAAUCAGGGGUCGGUUCACAAGGGUCGGUUCUGGACUUGGGGGUUGGACGGGCUUCACCGCUCUGCUGAAGGAGAAUUAUAAAACAGUGUGACCAUGUUUCACCUGUCAUUUGUAGCCACAUGUGUAAGUUGUGUCUUUCUCACGCCUCUAUUUAAACGUUCAUGUUGCAGACCGGUGUACUUGCACACACCUAUUUUAUACAUGUGCACUACACUGUUACUCAUACACAUGCACUGAUGCCCCUACACACACGCAAACACACACACACAAGUGCAUAUUAAUGCUUACACACAACUGGCCAUCUGUGUAACUGUCUUAUACAUGUACAUCAUCAGCUUUCAGUCCCUUGUGUACAGUGAAUUAUCAUGUGUGUGACUAUGCCUUGAGGCAAUCACAAGUUGUAUAAAAAGGGACAUUUUCCUCAACUGUGAAAAAAGGAUAUCUAUAUGAAUAUAUAGAUGACUAUAUGUAUGAAUCCAUGUAUAGUGUCCAAAUAUUAACAGAAUAUUUAUACAUUUUAUAAAAAAAAAGAAAUGAGGAAUCUCAGCAAAACGUGUCCUGCGGUUUAAGGUGAAGCGCGGGGCACUGCCUCGAUGAGCUGCAAAGGACACUGCCAUUGUUUCGAAGACAAAUAUCCAAAAAUAUAAAUAAGAAAAUGUCCCUUCACAUUAUCACUAUACAUAAUAUCAUUAUAUGUGUAAAUGUAUCCAAUUUAGAUGUGUUUACAUCAAAAAAUUGACAUAUUUUUAUUGAUUUUUCUGCAAUUUCUGUGCAUUUGAGCCAAAUUGUUAUGUGUACAAAAGCUAUAUUGUGUAUUUUAUUAAAUUAAUAUAUAGUUGUGUUGCAAUAUACAUGGGCUUAUAUUGUAUUUGGCAAAAGUUGCCUUAGUAGCUGUCGAACUCUGUGAGUUUGCUUUAGUUUGGGUUUUGUUGGUCUUUAUGUUUUCCCCCCCUCUCUAUUCUGCAUCAUUGCAGGCUGGCUUCAGUGCUUUUGAGAUGUCGCCUCUUUUUACCCUGAGAUCCAGCUGGAUCAAAUACAAUAACUGUUGAAAGCUUAAUGAGCCAGCUGAUCUAGAAUACAAUUCAAACCAACAACAAAAAGCAACAACCACACGAUAACAGUUUGACUAUUUUUACUGAGCAGAUUUUUACAGGGCAGCUAUUUUUCUUUAACAACAACUAUUGUGUGUGUUAUGUGUUUCGAUUCCUUUUUACUUUCUUUCCAAAAAAGAAACCUGCCAUAUGGAAAGCGGAAUGGUUUCCUUGGUGAUCAUAAAACUGCCUUACUGUCUCUGCGGAGAGCUUGUUGUAUCUGUGGAGCUUGUGACUGCUUAUAAAGCCCUGGUCCACCAGAAUGUGCAUUUUCUAUAAAAGGACCAAAAGAGGUUCUUUUCCAGCA